AUGCGCCAUCUCGUUUCUUCCGACAACGAGAAGGCCGCAGUGCAUGCCAAAGAACUUACGGCGUAUCUGUUUAAGCGACACUUGACAAAACUCAAGAACCGGUUCGAGAAGGGCAGGGACCAAUGCGCGAAAUUCUUCGAGCUUGCCCGCCAACCUGAGUCCUGGUCCAGUUAUACUCCCAGAGAACAGAAGUAUCUCUCCGCUGCCCAGAAAAUUUUUGAAAUGACGGCCGACUUCCUGGCACAAUCCCGCCUGGACCAACAGUCGUGUUUCGCCUUACACUGUCGUUUAUUGGAGGCUCGACACUCCUACAUAGCCAAUGAGGUGCCUGAUGCUCUGUCUAUGGAGUUUGACCUUGCACGAUACAUCAACAAGCUCCUCGCUCCUUCUUUCCACAUCCUACAGCUCUACAAAACCGCUGCGAGCCUCCGUCGAAUUCUACACCUGGCCCUCGAUGCUAUCCAUGUCCCUGCCAACACUCCGCCGAUGAAUCUUUUGUAUCCACCAUCCGAUGACCAAAUUCGCGCAUUCUUCGCUGGGUGCUACUACGAGAAGUCUUCAGAGUCUUCAGAGGAUGGAACUGACGACAUCGUCGCCGAGGUUCUUCAAGACGCAUUCGACAAGGUUCGCUCCCAGCUCUCGAAAUCCACCCAUCUCAAUCCCACAUUGCCCCAUUGCGAAAGCACCCUCGUCCGCCACCUUCUCGCCACUGGUUCGACUGCCUACCCCUAUAUCGCUGUCUCCAAACUCAGCUGCUUAAUUUGUGGCCUUUAUCUCUCCGCAUGGCGGAAGUACUGCGAGGAAAUGAAACGUCGUCCUAGUGCGGAUGUGAUCCUCACUAGUCUCGUCGAGUACCGUACCCGAGGUUGCAAUGGUAUCGUCGUCCCUCUCUUGACAUUGCCGUCUAUGCGGAACGACGCUUUGGAUAUCUUGAUCACGAAACACGUUAUCAAGACCGUGAAGGCGAUUGUGAACGCCAUCUUGAAGACCUCGGUUGACAACGAGAUGAUGCGGCGAUCGUCCCAAAGCAUAGCGGGCCCUGGUCGUGAUUCGCCAGAGCCCGACUGGCAUACGAUACCUUGUGAGGUUUCUUCUAUCCUUGUGAGUCAAGUCUAA